AUGGGGGCAAUUAACUCGUGCUGCUCAGUGGAGGACACUGAGGACCGGCAGGUCAUGAAGGAACCAGCUCCAACUGCCAAAGAACGAUCACAAACAUCAUCAAAGCACCGCAAAGACAAAGAGCGCAAGGAACCGGAGCAGAAUGAAUCAACGGAACGCAAGGAACCUAAAGAGGAAAAAAAUCGGAAAAAACGGCAAGCACCGCCGCCAGAGCCUGCAAUCGAAGUUUCUCAGCAGGAAAUCAAAGAUAUGCAAACCAAACUUCAUUCUGGAAUGUCGAUUACAGUCCUUUUAAAGGAUGGAACAAAGCUGUCGUGUACUAUUCACCUCAAUCUAUCAGACAACUCGCUCAGCAUUUCUUGUGAAGACAAGGUUCGCGUGAUUCCAUUGAGCGACGUGAAGGCAUUGCUGCACACGGCUGAUCAGCUGAAACGCGUUGAGACGCAGGCUGAUCUGGUAGGCGAUUCGAACUGCGUGGCACUGCAUCUUCUGGAGUCUGGUAACUGUAUUCCUCUUCGUUUUGAGGAGGCUAGGCAAAAGCACUCAUUUGUCGAGAUGCUGAAGCAAUUAAAGUCCGAGUGA